AUGGCAUUAACCUCUACUUCUGCAACGAUCGACGCCGUGGAACUCAACAAUGUGCUCCACAAGGACCCAUCUUUAUCGCCGUCCUUUCGAUUCAAAGGCAGUCCCGAGCCGUUACUGUUGUAUAUCGUGAGCAAUGUCGAUUCCAUGAUUGAAUGCUCCAGCAUAAGACAAUAUUACCAACAUCACUUGCUACCACCGCUCCCUGUUUUCAUCCAUCAUCUAUACCGAUACUGUCACCUGACACCUAGUGUUUUGGUCGUGGCCCUGAUUUACCUCAAACGCCUAAAGACAAAGUUGCCCUGCCAAAGCCAAGGAGAGUAUGACACGCCAUACAAGCUUUUUCUCGCGGCCGUCUUACUUGCGCUCAAAUAUAUCGAAGAUUCGAAGAAACAUAUUUCAUUACUGUAUCAUGUCGUGUCACCGCUCUAUACCAGAAAUGAUCUAAAUGAGAUGGAGCGCAGUUUCCUCGGUAAGUCGCAUUAG